UUAGCGUCGUUAAAAUUAGCGUUUUUAUUUUUUGUACCUAUUUUUUAUAUAAUUUAAUGUUUUUUAAUUAAUAAUUUAUGUGUCACUUUGAUUGGUCCUAAAGGGUGGGAUGAAUUUAAAGGUUCACCUUAGGAGGUAAACCUAAGAGCAAUCCCAUCAGCAAACUCCACCAGUCUCGAUUCCCAAUGUGCAUUUUUGAUUAUUUUAAUUUUUUUUUCGUUUGACUUUAAAAAAAAUAAAAAUUUACUAGCCGAACCAUUUGUGGGCUGCCUUGUGGCGUGUAGCCCGCAGAACAGUGUUUAUACGGGUUCAUAGUGAGGAGUUUUUGUGAUAUAUGUUCAUAAUAAAGGGUUUUAUAUAUUAUUUUUUUUUUGAAACUGUGUGAACCCCCUCCUGAUACUUGAAUGCAGAUGCUCUAAGUUCUGUACUUCUAUUAACUAAUACUCCAUUUGUAAGUAGCCAAUAAUUAAAAAUCAACACAUGUCAUAAAUUCAUUAGCUGGCAUAUUCUCAAUUUGCCUUCAACUACACCUUAUUCUUUGCUUUAUUUUCGAUUUCGACGCUUUAGAACGAGAGAGAUUCAGAGGUUUGUGUUUGAACCAAAAAAAAAACACAAUGAAGCAAUCAAAGACGGUUCUGAAAUAUCUCUUCGUCUUUGUUUUGGUCACCCUCCCUCCCAUGCUCUUCUUCUUCUCUACACAACAACGUAAACCUUUCUUCAACGCCCAAAAAGAUCUCAUCAAGAUCCGACCCGGUUACAAGUCUUACGAUUACUACAUCCAACGGCAGCUCAACAAAACGCUUAACCCUAGGCUACGUACGAUAUGGAUGACACGAGACUGGGACCGUAAGAUCAAAGUAUUCUCAAGAUUCUUCCAAGAUCUUAAGCGUCAAAACUUCUUAUCCAACGCUUCUAAAUGUCUCUGCGUCGGAGCUAGAGUCGGACAAGAAGUGGAAGCGCUGAAACGUGUGGGCGUGACAGACUCGGUCGGGAUGGAUCUUGUUCCGUAUCCACCGUUGGUGGUCAAAGGAGACUUUCAUCACCAGCCGUUCGAUGAUGAGACUUUUGAUUUCGAAUUCUCUAACGUGUUUGAUCAUGCGCUUUACCCGGAGAAGUUCGUUGGAGAGAUUGAACGGACACUACGACCAGGAGGUAUAUGUGUGUUACAUGUGGCUCUCUCUACACGCUCGGAUAAGUAUUCUGCGAACGAUUUGUAUAGUGUGGAGGCAUUGGUUAGGCUGUUCAGAAGAUCGGAGGUGGUUCACGUGCGAAAUGUGGACGGCUUGGGUUUGGAUACGGAGGUGGUUUUUAGGAAGAAAAGGGAUUCAUCAAAGUAACCCAGACUUGAAUGUUUUUGCUUCUUUUUUUUUCGUGUUCCACAUUUAUUUUUUAUCUAUUAUUUUCUAUCGAAUCACAUAAAAACAGGAUGUAUUUUAAAAUUUAUAGUUCGUACAGUGUUCUAAUUGCA